GCAGACACUGCAAAGCUGUCACCUCCCAUCCAGGGCAGAGCUGUCUGUCAGGUGACAGCCGCACACAUGAACAUCAGUGCUGCAAGCGGAGCCGACCGCCUGUAGAUUUUACGUCGAAAUAUCCGCUCCUCUGCGUUUCAGAUAAAAACGAGAGCAACGGGACAUGACACGAUACAGCCCCGUCGUGUCUACGGACUAGCCAGAGACGCGUGGGAGGAGGGCUGAGCUGCAGGCUAACUCCAGCUAGCAGCUGAAGGCUCUGCUAGCGAAGGUCGGGGUUUGGUUAGCCCUUCUGCAUCGUUAACGUGACAUUUUAAUAACCGCUUUUAAUGUCCCGCCACGAAUAGCUUCUGGUUCGCCCCGAGGCUCUUCGUUUUUUAAUGUGUGUGACGUUUAAGAUUUUUACGAAAUUUAUCGUUGGCGUAUGCUAGCUAGCUAGCUGGAGAGCUACUCUAGCUCCCUAUGCUAACGCCAGCUCAGUGAGACUUCACGUCGCAGGGGCGCGGAGACAUAGGAUAGCUCCAGACGAGUGAAGGAAGGAAGAGUGUUGACUUAUGAUGUGGGCUGGGGGAAGCUUAGGGUUGGUAGAUGAAGGAGAGAGACAGUAUUAGCCUGAACGCGUCGUUUUUUUCCCUCACAUUUACUCCCUGUCGAGUUGGGGCCGCAGCGUUAGCCGAGCUCUGCGGGACGUUGGAUGAAGAAAAAGAACUGGGGCACUUUGAUUUGCGAGCUGACUAAAUGAAUAGUAUUUAUAAUAGUGAAUCGUGAGCUGGUGGCCGCUGUGCCAGGAAGACGCUGUCAGGAUCACCGCACGGACUGCAGAGGAAAACAGCCGGUUUGCUAGAAGAUGGCUUCGGCGAGCAGCAUUGCCGCAUCUAUUGCGAGCAAAACGAAGACCAAGAAAAAGCACUUUGUUGCCCAGAAAGUGAAGCUCUUCCGUGCCAGCGACCCUCUGAUCAGUGUGCUUAUGUGGGGAGUCAACCACUCGAUAAAUGAGUUAAGCCAUGUUCAGAUUCCCAUCAUGCUCAUGCCAGAUGACUUCAAGGCCUAUUCGAAGAUUAAAGUGGACAACCACCUCUUCAACAAGGAGAACAUGCCCAGCCAUUUCAAGUUCAAGGAGUACUGCCCUCUUGUGUUUCGAAACCUCAGAGAGAGGUUUGGCAUCGAUGAUCAGGACUUCUCGAACUCUCUGACGCGCAGCGCUCCCUUGAACAGUGAGGCCCAGGGUCGCAGUGGGGCCCGCUUCCAUACCUCUUACGACAAGCGAUACGUCAUCAAGACCAUCAGCAGCGAGGAUGUGGCCGAGAUGCAUAACAUUCUAAAGAAGUACCAUCAAUUCAUUGUGGAGUGCCACGGCAACACGCUGCUGCCUCAGUUUCUGGGGAUGUACCGACUCACGGUGGACGGGGAUGAGACCUACAUGAUUGUUACGCGCAAUGUCUUCUCCCACCGCCUCUCCGUCUACAAAAAAUAUGAUCUCAAGGGUUCCACUGUGGCAAGAGAGGCCAGCGACAAGGAGAAGCAGCCACCCCCACCAGAGGAUGUGCCCCCGCGGCCCAAAUCUGGUAACGUUCAGCAAAGGCUGCAAACACUGCGGAUUGCCACGCGCUUUUACUGCGCCAUGAAACACGUAAGAGAUGCUAAGGAGCUGCCCACUUACAAGGACAAUGACUUCAUCAAUGACGGGCAGAAGAUCCACAUCGACGGGGAGAACAAGAAAAUGUUCCUGGAGAAGCUCAGGAAAGACGUGGAGUUCCUGGCCCAGCUGAAGCUCAUGGAUUACAGUCUGCUCGUGGGAAUCCACGACGUCGAACGAGCCGAGCAGGAGGAGGUGGAGAGCGAGGACAAUGAGGCCGAGGAGGAGGGCGAGAGCGACGGAGGGGGCAUUGGGACGCCCCCCGACAGUCCCAGCAACACCCUGGACAGCACCAAGCCUCUGUCGCCCGGAGAGUUCGAUCCCACCAUUGAUGUGUACGCCAUCAAGAGCAACGACGGAGCUCCCAGGAAGGAGGUUUACUUCAUGGCUGUCAUCGACAUCCUGCAGCAUUACGAUGCCAAGAAGAAAGCAGCCCAUGCCGCCAAGACCGUCAAACAUGGGGCCGGAGCGGAGAUCUCCACGGUGAACCCGGAGCAGUACUCCAAGAGGUUUUACGAUUUCAUCACCACUAUCCUGUCAUAGCCUCCAGGAGUGACAGGGGCACAGAGGCACAUGGGAAAGAGAGGGGGAGGGGCAGGCGGGGAGUAGGGCGGAGAAGAGACGUGACGGAGAGGAAAACCCAUCGAUAGGCUGUGUUAAUAAGGUGCUGUGAUGGCUUUGUGUCGCUCUCCCUCAUCCGUUCUCCUCAUCCCUCCCUGUUUGUCUCUCUCUGUUUCAGAGACGUGCCACACUCUGCAGCUAAAAAAAAAACAAAAAAAAAACAUUGUUCGUUUACAUUUAACCUCUCCUCUGUUGAGUUCUGUUCAUGUGUUACUUUGCAUGAAAAGGGUGUUGAAAGCAAGUGUUCAAGUCAUUAAGUUUUCAUGUAAUUUGUUGAUGUGGGAAUAUGGCUUUUUUUUUUAUUGCCUCUAACGUAACAUCCAGCACCCUGCGUUUUUUUUUUUUUUUUUUUUUUUUUUUUUUUUAUUGUGAUGUCCGUGCGUUUGUCUUUUCCUUAGUUGUAGUUCGGGGAGGGUAUGAUGUGUGCAGCCUGAGGAGAAGCGGAGUGCAGAGGUCGGAUUACAGCACAGAGUGGGGUCCCUCUUGCGAGGAGAAGGUUCGAGUGCGGAGACGUUUAUGUUGAGCCUCGCCUGAUGCAAUUGCUUCGUUACAGGAAGUAGGAAGCAGUCUUCCAAUAGGCCAACAGCUGGACCCACACCCAUAUGCUAUACAAGAAUUCAGCCAAACAGAUCUUCUCAUUUGGGUUCCUCCUCCAUCACUCACCUUUUAGAUGCCUCCCCUUCGUUUGUGUACAGUUAGUGAAGUGAAUUUCUGGGUCGUUCUCUCGUCACACGCUCAGACUCUUCUCUUUUGUCUUUAAGAUGAACGCUGGCACGGCUUAACACCUCUGUGUGUGUCAGCGAAUGAUAAUGGGUGUGAUGUUUAUCUUAAAAUGAGAAGUUGAGAGAGUCGAGUACUUCUCCUUACAGUCAUUCUGAAUGUGUUUGGCACGGUGGGGAAGUCUUGGUUUCUGUUCCUGUGGCAGAGAACGGUCCCGCAAGUCACAUGUGGCUGCUCAAGAGUGAGUGAACCCUCGUUACAAUAUCUUCAAAAUAGGGUGUCGGAUUGAAACGUCAGCAGCCCUUAACUUUCUGUUGCCAUCAGCACCUUAUGAGUAAAAUCACAAAAUGUUGCACUUUUAUUUGUUGUUAGAGCUAUUUUUUUCUGUUACAUGCGCAGCAACAAAGAGGAAAGGAACUCAGAGUGAAGCUUAGAAGCCAGAUCUCAAAUUCUCCUUCACCAUUUCUCCUGCGCGGGUUCUUCUUAGUGGGAUAAGGAAGAGUUUACUGCAAUAUUAGAUAGGGAAAGUGGACCGGUUGCGUUCACAGGGCUCUUGUAAACUAACCUCUCUGAUCCUUUUAAGAAGCGCUCUGUGGUGAAGCAGCGGCGGCGGUGGUGGUGGUGAGCUUUGAGGUCUGGAGAACAGCGCUCAUGCGUUCAGGGCAAACGGAAAAAACGGUUUACCUUCAGCAUCGUACCAGCACGCGCCCGGGGGCGGCGAAUUAGGGUGCGUGUGUCAGUGUUCAAAAAAAUUUGUAAACGGCAAGAAGAGAGGGGAGGUCGCUGAGAGUAGCUACAGAUGUAAAGACACGCGUCGUUCUCUAACCUCGGCUGUGAGUCUCAUUAGUUCGUGUCGUUGUUGUUGACGUUUUGUUUUUUUUGUUUUUUUUUUUUAAAGGUGGAUAUUCUGUGUUAGAAUUUGGCGGUUUUUAUGCGUUGAUCUUUUUUUUUUUUAUGUAUAUUUUGCACAAGAGGAAAGGAACCAAAUGUUACGAAUACGAUCCCAAUUAGCUGAUACGGUCUUAACAAGGGAAAUGCAAUAUACGUGUAUGUAAGUGAGAAAAAGUUGUUUUGCGUGUGACGUUGUGUAUCGCUUCCGGAUAACCAACUAAAACAAGUUUAAAGUCGUCCUCCUUGAACAGUCUACCCCGUGCGAAAAGCUUCCAUCACCAUGCGUUUGUUUAGAUAUCAUAGAUUAUAUUCACAUUUAUAUUUUUACAUUGGAUUUUAGUCAUGCAAUAUAGGUGUAUUUAAAAAAAAUAAGAUUAAAAAAAAAAAAAGGAGCCACCCUUUGGAAUGAAUGAUGGUGCUGUGGUAAAUGAAGAAUGAUAACUGCUUGAAUUUUUACAAUUUAUAGAUGUACUUUAAAAAUGUUAAAAAAAAAAAAAAAAAAUGCAUGUCACAGGACUGAGUUUCCGUUUCCCUCUGUAGUCUGUGUUGUUCAGGUUCUCUUUGUGCCCCCCUCCCCUCCCCACUUUAACCAGAUUUGUGAGCUGUACGCCGUAAAAUAGUCUCUACCAUGCUUUAAAUAACUGUUUUUCAUUGUAUACACUGUGCAAGAUGUGUGCCUUUAUACUCCAAAUUUAUUUAAUUUUAUAUUUUGUAAUCUUUUUUUAAAACAAAGGUAAAAGGUUAUUUUAAUAAUAGGGUGUUUACGUAUUAUUUUCCACUUUUAUUUCCGAGCCCACAUCAUUUUCAACCUUCCCGUGUUUUUGUUCUCAUACCAUUCCAGUGAUUGUGUUCUGACCAACAUAAAAAGCCGACACCUGUCUUACGUUCGAAGAUGGUGGGUCGCUCUGGAUUCUGUAGAUUUAAAUGCGUCGUUCUGAUUAUUAUUCGGUGUGCGCGGGCAUCCUUUUCCUUCUCCUCCACAUGAAGGUGGUGUCUGCUUAUAUUAACCCUGUGUUGGUUUGCGCUGGUCCUGCCUUUAUAAAGAACGUGUAUGUGUGUGUGUGUGUGUAUGUGUGUGUGUGUGUGUGUGUGUGUGGAAGUGCAUAUGUGUGUAUGUGUCGUGUCUGUGUUUUCAUCAUCUUAACUGACAGCUGCCCACACCUCAGGAGUCUGUCAGGAGUUUCCCCACAGAUGCAGUCAGAUGAGUUUUUGUCGUUAAAUGUUUGUCCGGUUCUUGUUCUCUUCUUCCUUCUUACCCUCCAUGUUUUUUUUCAACCAGUUAGUUGUUGAUCCCCAGUCAGUGGUUAGUUGAUAUCUCUAUGUUCCUUCACUGUAAAUGGGCUGUUUUUGUUUCUGUUGUCCCAUAACUCAUAAUGUACAUAGAUUGUGUUCUAAAGAAAACGGAGACAAUGAGGGAACACAAUCAUCUUCUAGUCUGCUUUGCUCUGUCUGGCCCCAAAGACUUUCCUUGUGCAAGUGUAGAAAUCAGAGCAGUGCAUGCUGGGUGACUUUCCUGUUUUUUGUUUUGGCUCGGAGAACACAAAAACCCAGGGAGGAACCGGUGAAGCCGAACUUUUAACAGAUGCAAAUUAAAGCCGAUAACAACACCCGUGCUCUGCUGCUGUGAUAUGAACAAGUCCUCGCUCUCAUGACUCAUGAAUGAACUCCUUCCCUUCCAGUCAACAUGCUGCCACUGUUAACUUGCCAAAAGCAACUCUCAGCAGUUACAACUUCCCCCACAUGAGCUUGAGGAGCAUUGUGUUAUCGUGAAACGUGUCUGUUUGUUUUAAAGCUAAUAUUUUUUUUUCUUUGUGGUAGAUGGAGUGAGGUGUGCAGUGCUCGUAUGUGUCCAAAGUUACGGGAAGCAGCCCUGUGUUAAUGUAACAGGUGUUAAAGGAAAAUUGGAUUACAAAUGCAAAAAGGGGGACCAGGACAGAGUCUGCAGAGGUAACGAGAGGGCGGGGCUACAUUUCUCUGGCUUUAACAUUUUGCAGUCUGCAGACAGUUCUCCAACGUGUUCAAAAAUAAAUAAAUAAAUAAAUAAAUUAAAGUAGCUGAAUUUGCAUGCAGAAGUCCACACACAGCAGGCCAGGAAACAAACCCCCGCCCCCCGGCCCCGACCCCGCCCCCGCCCCUGCCCCUGCAGAGUUUGUCUCCAAACGACCCCAAAAUGCAACUUAAAAGUGUAAAGCAUUACAGUGCGCGUACGUGUGAGUGUGUGUUUGUUAAUUGCUGUCUGACAAUGGUUGGUGAGAGUUUUCCGUUCAAUGGCAGAGAGGCCAAAACGAUGAUGUAUGUUUAUUGUUCUUCACAUUUAAUGAUGAUGAUGAUGAUAAUAAUAAUAAUACACUCCAUCCCAUACGCGUUCACUCAAACCAAUUAAAGCACUUGUUCUGCUUAACUCAAA